CUGGGCGGAAGCUCGGUCUUGCGGGCCAAGAUGGCGGCGCCCAGGGUUGAAUGAGAGGAAGUCUCCUCAGGGAAGCAGUGCCUGAAGGAAUCCCACCGGGGAAGUUCAGAGUGUCAAGAUGCUGUCCCGACCAAAGCCAGGAGAGUCUGAGGUGGACCUGCUGCGCUUCCAGAGUCAGUUUCUCGCCACUGGUGCUCCCCCAGCAGUGCAGCUGGUGAAGAAAGGCAUCAGGAGAGGUGGCUCCACUAACCCAGAUCGGCCUCUGCAGCAGGAUGAUCGGGAUAUGGUAAUGCUGGACGAUCUCCCAGAUUUGCCCCCAGCUUUGGUUCCUGCUCCCCCAAAGCGAGCGAGGCCCAGCCCUGGCCAAGCUCUGUCUGCAGAUGAGGAUGCUGAGGAGAGGUUGAGCAGACAUGACCAGCACAUCACUGCUGUCUUGACCAAGAUUAUUGAACGAGAUACAGGGUCAGUGGCCGUGAAGCUGCCUGUGCCCAGUGGCGUAGCUUUCCCUGCUGUGUUCCGUUGCUCGAGAGAGAGACAGGGAAAGCCAGCAGCAUCUGGUAAGAGAAGCCUUUUUGCCCAGGAGAUUGCGGCCAGGAGGGGAUCUGAAAGCAGGGCCCCAUCCACUGUGGGAGCCAUGCCCCACCCGGACCCACCAGAGGGUACUAUGACCUGUGAGGCACCUGCACCUAGGGACCGGGUCGCUCAGCCUCUGGGGAGCAGCCACAGCUUCCAGGGGCCCCAUCUGGUCACCGGAAAGGGGCUCAGUGGCCAUGAGGCUGAGCAGGAAGCCCAGACCAUCCAUGAAGAGAAUGUAGCAAGACUACAAGCCAUGGCUCCCGAGGAGAUCCUGCAGGAGCAGCAGCGGUUGUUGGCCCAGCUUGACCCCAGCAUGGUUGCCUUCUUGCGAUCUCACAGCCACACCUGGGAGCAGGCCGGAGAGAAGGUCCUUGAGGAGCAGAGGCCAGGAGGACCCUCAGUCCCUGUGACCCAAGAGGAGCCUGUCAUGUCAGCAUCUGCCAGAGAGCCCAGGCAGGACAAUGAGCUGGAGCCAGGAGCCCCAGCUCUGAAACUGCCCGUGGCUCCCCACAAAGAAUGGCUGCACAUGGACACUAUUGAGCUGGAGAAGCUGCACUGGACCCAGGACCUGCCCCCAGUCCGCCGGCGGCGGACACAGGAGAAAAUGCAGGCCCGAUUCAGUCUUCAGGGAGAGCUCCUGGCCCCGGAUGUGGACCUUCCUACCCACUUGGGCCUGCACCACCAUGGAGAAGAGGCAGAGAGAGCAGGCUACUCCUUACAGGAGCUGUUCCACCUGACCCGAAGCCAAGUGUCUCAACAGCGAGUGUUAGCACUGCAUGUGUUAUCCCUGGUCAUUGGCAGAGCCCAGGCUGGCGAGUUUGAGGAUCGCCUACCGGACAGUGUGUUACGCCUCCUUUUGGAUGCUGGUUUCCUCUUCCUGCUGCGCUUCUCUUUGGAUGACAGAGUAGAUGGGGUCAUUGCAGCUGCUAUCCAGGCUCUACGGGUUCUACUGGUGGCACCUAGAGAUGAGGAGCUCCUGGACAGCACCUUCUCUUGGUACCACGGAGCAUUGGUCUUUCCUCUGAUGCCCAGCUGGAAGGACAAGGAAGAUGAGGAUGAAGAAGAGCCUCCAGCAGACAGAGCGAAGAAGAGCCCUGAGGAAAGAAGGCGUCCUCCCCCUGACCUUGCACGACAUGAUGUCAUCAAGGGGCUCCUGGCUACCAAACUGCUGCCUCGGCUGCGCUAUGUACUAGAGGUGACCUGCCCGGGGCCUGCUGUAGUCCUUGACAUACUGGCUGUGCUCAUCCGCCUGUCCCGACAUUCCCUGGAGUCAGCCACAAGGGUACUGGAAUGCCCACGGCUCAUAGAAACCAUAGUUCGAGAGUUCCUUCCCACCAGUUGGUCUCCUGUGGCAAUGAGACCUACCCCCAGUCUACACAAAGUACCCUGUGCUGCUGCCAUGAAGCUACUUCGAGUUCUGGCUUCGGCUGGUAGGAAUAUUGCUGCCCGGCUGCUGAGCAGCUUUGAUCUCAGAAGCCGCCUGUGCCGCUUCAUAGCUGAGGCUCCCCAAGAACUGUCCUUGCCCCCAGAGGAAGCAGAGAUACUGAGCACGGAGGCCCUGCGUCUGUGGGCCGUGGCCGCCUCCUAUGGACAGGGCGGUGAUCUUUACAGGGAGCUGUACCCAGUGCUCAUGAAGGCCUUGCAGGCCAUGCCUGCAGAGCUCAGCGUCCACUCACCACGGGCCUUAUCCAUGCAGCGGGUGGCUGCACUGCUCACUCUCCUCACCCAGCUGACCCUGGCAGCUGGUAGCAGCCCUGCUGAGUCCCACAGAGAAUCUGCUGAGGCCCUGCCGACCACCCCUUCCUCAGUCACUUGGACGCAGGUAUCUGGACUCCAGCCUCUAGUGGAGCCAUGUUUGAGACAGACCUUGAAGUUGCUGCCCAGACCUGAGAGGUGGCGUAACCUGGGCCCAGUGCCUACUGCCUGCCUGCUGUUCCUGAGUGCCUACUACCAGGCCUGGAGUCAGCAGGUAAGCUUAUGCCCUGAGGAUGAGCUUCAGGACAUGGAGCGCCUGUUGGAGGAUCUGCUGCAGCCACUGCUGUGCCAAAAAUCUCUGGGAAGCUUGUGGGAUUCCCUUAGGCUCUGCUCUCCUCUCUGCAACCCACUGUUCUGUGCUCCGGCCCCCGAAGCUCUCCCCAGCCUUGUGUCACUGGGCUGUGCAGGUGGCUGCCCCCAACUCAGCCUGGCUGGCUCAGCCUCACCCUUCCCGUUUCUCACUGCCCUCCUCUGUGUCUUGAACACCCUGGCUCAGAUCCACAAGGGGCUCUGUGGCCAGCUGGCUGCUGUACUGGUUGCCCCAGGACUCGAGAACUAUUUCCGCCAGUGUGUGGCUCCUGGCCCUGCCCCACACCUCACACCCUUCUCCGCGUGGGCCCUGCGCCACGAGCACCACCUGCAAUACCUGGCACUCUCCCUGGCUCAGAAAGUGGCAACAUUCCAUCCAGUACCGGCCACUGGUGCUGCCCUCUAUCACGCUGUGGCCUUGGCCCUGCUGAGCCGUUUGCUGCCUGGGAGUGAGCACCUUGCCCAGGAGCUGCUGCGGAGCUGUGUGUUCCGGCUGGAGUUCCUCCCAGAGAGCACAUCAGGAGGUCCAGAGGCAGCUGACUUCUCCGAUCGGCUGUCUUUAGGGAGCAGCAGGGAUCCUGCGUGUGGGCGAGGGGCUCUCCUCGCUCAGGCCUGCCACGACCUUCCCAGCAUCCGCAACUGUUACCUGACCCACUGUUCACUGGCCCAGGCCAGCCUGCUGGCUUCCCAGGCCUUGUACCGAGGGGACCUACAGCAAGUCCCAACCCUGCUGCUGCCUGCACCUCAGGAGCCUCUGCUGCCCACUGAUUGGCCCUUUCAGCCAUUGAUUCAUCUCUACCACUGGGCUUCUGAUGCCCCUUCAGGGCUCGCUCCCACCAAUACUGUGGGGACAGCCAUGCGGGUCCUGCAGUGGGUGCUUGUUCUGGAGAGCUGGCGCCCCGAGGCCCUCCUGGCUGUACCUCCUGCUGCCCGCCUGGCACGGCUCAUGUGUGUGUUCCUGGUGGACAGCGAACUGUUCCGAGAGACCCCCAUCCAGCAUCUGGUAGUGGCUCUCCUAGCCCAGCUCUGUCGGCCCCAAGUCCUGCUGAGCCUACGCCUGGACUGCCCGCUUCCUGGUCUUGCGUCUUUCCCUGACCUCUAUGCCAGCUUCCUAGAGCAUUUCGAGGCUGUCUCUUUUGGGGACCACCUCUUUGCGGCUCUGGUCCUCUUUCCCCUGCAGCGUCAGUUCAGUGUCACCCUGCGCCUCGCCCUCUUCGGGGAGCACAUGGGAGCCUUGCGUGCUCUGGGGCUGCCUCUGACCAAGCUGCCUGUGCCCCUCGAGUGCUACACAAGACCUCCUGAAGACAGCCUGGCCCUGCUUCUGCUCUACUUCAGGGCACUGGUCACUGGUGCACUCCGCCCACAUUGGUGCCCUGUGCUCUAUGCUGUGGCUGUGGCUCAUGUCAAUAGCUUCAUUUUCUCCCAGGACCCAAAGAGCUCAGAUGAGGUGAAAGCUGCCCGAAGGAGCAUGCUGCAGAAAACAUGGCUGCUGGCGGAUGAGGGUCUCCGGCAGCAUCUCCUCCACUACAAGCUUCCCAGCUCUAGCCUGCCAGAGGGCUUUGAGCUGUACUCCCAGUUGCCCCCGCUGCGGCAGCAGUACCUCCAGACACUGGCCUCAGGGGUGCUCCAGGAUGUAGUGUUAGAGACCUAGAGUGUCAGGGAUCAAAGAUGGAGGGAUAAACUCAUUCCCCAGCCUUGCCAGAGGACAUCAUAUCGUUGGGGCGAGCAAGCACAGAGGAGCAAAAGACUCGCCCGGCCAAGAGCACACUAUUUGGGGCCAGGGAUGUAGCUCAUUGGCGCCGCGCCUGCCUGGCAAAGUGUAAGGUCCUGAGUUUGAUUCCUAGUAUAAAAUUUUUUUUAAAAAAAAACAUACUGUUUGAGCUUUUGUGGAACAAAAUGAGCCUUUCCAUCCUAAUACCUGGAGCUCAGGAGCUCAGGAUCUGAGGACUCAGGGUGUCUGCUAGGAAUAAAGAUCUACACUUCUCACCUAUCCCAAUCCCCACCCUGGGCCAGGGUAUCCAAAUGCAAUGCUAAAAGAAAUUUUUUUUUUUUUUUUUAAUUUAAUUUAUUGGUACAUUCUAGGUAGACAGUACAG